AACUUCAAAAAUUAUAUCCUUAUUAUGUUGCGCAAUUCUUUGUUUGUACUUCUAUAUUUAGUCAUGCGGAUGAACCAAUUAAUUAUGUCCCUUAUUCACAUCUUGAUGGCUCUACAGAUGAAUUGCCUGAAUUAUGUGUCUACAAAUUACUUAAAAAUGCUUACAGAUGUAUUCGUAAUUACUUAAAUGUGAUUGCCAUCGUUAUUAUUGUGUUAAUAUUUGUAUUAUACGUUGGAAUUCUUGCUGCAACUCUUUCUGGAGUUCGAAUAGAUACAUUCAAAUUUUUUGCUAUAGUUGGAACGUUACUCUUCACUGGACCAAUCGUAUGUGUUGUAUUGGUUAUCACCUUCUGGAAUUCAAUGGUAAAUAGAUUAGAGGAAAGGAAGAUUUUUUAUCCAGCAAUUAAACUACUCGUUCCUUUACCCAAAUUUGCAACUUAUCCCGCGAAAUAUAAUUUCUUCUACGAAUUAUUAAAACCUGCUCCGAAUGAAUUUAAUCUAGAAAACUUUUACCCAAAUCAUAAGCAUAGAAAAUUCGACCCUAAAAAUCCAAUUUUUGAUAAUGACUUAAAUAACCCAUGGAACCUUGUAUCUAACUAUGAUUCUGUUCGUAACGAAAGUGUAAUUGAGAUGCCAUCGUUUAUUUUGCAUCCGAAUUUAAAUAUCAAUUUAUAUGAAUAUUUUGAAACUUCACUAUUAGCCGUAUAUAAAUUAAUGACAGGUGAUACUAGUUCGUUAUCCAACUGGGAAUACCGCAAUAAUAUAGCUCUUGUUGCUUUAUGGAUAACGUUUUCAUUCUUUACGGUUAUUUAUCUUUUAAACCUAUUUAUUGGCUUAUUAAAUAUUGCCAUUGCGGGAAAUAAUUCUAGAGUUUUAUUUCUACUUUUAAGAGCUGAAUUGAUUGCUGAAAUUGAAAUAUUUUUUCUACUUCCUCAUCAAAGAAGAUGGAAAUCCUGGUUUCCAGAUCGCAUUUUUUAUUAUGCGCAUGUUAAUAAAUUAAAAAAUAAGAUACAUAAUCUUAAUACCACUUAUGAAGAUAGCCGAUAUAAGCCAAAUAUUCAGAAUAAUCUGCUAGAACUUCUUCAUCUAGAUGCAAAGGAAUUAAAUUUAACAACUCAAAUUGAUAUUCAAGAAAUUCAAAAAAUUGAUAAAUCUACACAAACUGACAAUUAA